AUGCUGUCCCCUGUGGCCUCUUUCAAGCGGCACUCGGCCGGCCUUCUUCUGGCCCUCGUGGUCGUGCUCUGCCUGCUAGUCGACUUCUCCACUGCCGCCACCAAGAUCCGAGAUGGCGCCGACCCCUCCAUCAUCAAGGUCGGUGACAACUACUUCUCGGUCGAGUCGGCCGGCGGUGGCAUCUGGGUCCGCAAGGCCACCUCCCUCCUCGGCCUCGGCGCCGAUGGUGUCGAGCGGAAGAAGGUCUGGUCCGACUCUACCAACCUGGGCGAGGUCUGGGCCCCUGAGAUCUCCAUGGACAGCGGCAAGACGUGGAUCCAUUUCGCCGCCGGCACUGGCCCCGCCCACCGCAUGUACGCCAUCAGCUCCGACACCCCUGACGGAACCUACUCAAGCCACACCAAAGUGAACCUGCCCGAUGACCGCUGGGCCAUCGACGGCACCCUCUUCAUCUUUGAGGGCCAGCGAUGGUUCGUCUGGUCCGGCUGGUCGGGCGAGACAAGCGGCGGCAUGCAGAACCUGUACAUCUGCAAGAUGAGCAGCCCGACCCAGAGCACCGGCGGCCGCUUCAUCAUCUCCCAGCCCAAGGAGACGUGGGAGCAGGGCGACAGCCCGCUCAUCAACGAGGGCCCAGAGGCCAUCAUCGACCCCAACGGCCAGCUGCACAUCGUCUACUCCGCCAACGGCAGCUGGGGCUCCAAGUACUGCCUGGCUGACCUUCGUCUGAAGAAGGGCGGUAACCCCACCAAUGUCUGGGAUUGGUACAAGUCCAACGGAUGCCUCUUCGGCUCUCACCAGGACCGGAUGAUGUCCGGCUGGGACGCCACCGUCCAGGUCGAUGGCCCCGGCCACCAUACCUUUGUGAUGCCCAACGGUGACAUCAGGAACAGCCAGGGAGGCACCUCGAGGAUUCCUUUCGUCUUCCAUGCCGUCAAGAAGGGCGAGACCUACAGCUGGUCGAACCGUGACUGGUUCACCGGCAGCUGGGUCUGGUGGAGCAAGACCAACUACCACCGUGGUGGCAACACCCCCGGCGACCACGACAACUCGGGCUACAGCUUCAAGUUCUUCGAGUAA